UACGGCCGUGUAUGGUCAGCGUGGGUCGUGGUGGUCGUGGUAGUGUGGGCGUGUGGUGGUGGUGGUGGCGGUGUGGUGCUGGCACUGUUCACCACCACCACCACCACCACCACGACACCACCAACAGACCUCAUCGUCAUUAUCCUACAUGGGUUCAAGGGCGUGUCUGAGGAGCAGCUGCAGGAGGGGGACUUCCCGGGCUUCGCAAGGCUUCGGGCAGAUGGCGUAAGGGCCCCAUACCUACCCCAAACCGCCCCCUCCACGCCCCCUGCCCCCUGCCGGCCCCCUACUGGCAGGUCUGUACAUGGAGAAGGAGCAGAAAGACAAUGACAGCGGCGAGGGAGUAGCGAAGUCCACCACAGUCCCGUUCUCUGUGAAGGGCGUACCAGAGAGAGCAAGGAGCGCAGAGUGGUGGCGGACCGUGGAGCCUCUGUGGGUCACCGCGACCCGCCACAACCUUACCACUGCGCUCUUCAACUUCUACAGAUGUGAGGCACCCUGGGUGUCUGGGGAUCAAUUCUGCGUGCCCGCGCCCCCUGCCCCACCUCCUGACGCCCGCACCCUCACGCCCCACCUCCACCACGCCCUCGCUCUACUUCAAGGGGGUGGCUACUCCUUGGCCCUGGUCUGGGCAAGCGGUGGUCUCGGCGGCAGCAGAGGUGGCAACAUUGGUGGCAGCGACAAGGAUGACAUGGGGGGCGUAGGCGCGGCGUGGCGUGCAGUGGACGUGUCCCUCCUCGACCUCCAACACGCUUUGCACGACCGCGGCGUUGCCAACCAGACCCAUGUUAUCGUUAUCACCAACCCGGAGGACGCGUCGCCACCCACUCCCCACCACGUCACGGGCAGCGGACAGCUUCGGGAGGAGCAAGCCAGCCCCAGCCCCAGCACCAGCAGCUUCGGGUCUCUGUACGCUCUCGGCCCCAUGUUCCGUGCAGGAGAGGAAGUGAGGCGAUAUACAACGCCCACGGACAUCUAUCACCUCCUUCGCAUCGCUCUGCACUUGCCUCCCGCCCCUUACCCUGCAAAUCAUACCACUACACAUCUCCAGGACUUCCUCGUGCCCUCCCCUUCCUGCUGCGGACGGCUCCUGGGCGUGGACAGCUGGCUCGGAGCGGCAGGCAUGCUGUGGUGGUGGUGGUGUGGCAAACUUAUGUAAUGCUUGUGCUAGGAGAGAAUGGGAAAGAUGACAGGUGCUCGGUAGGGCGUGAUGCGAGUGAUGGGAGGGUGUGUAGUGGGUGUAUUGUGGUAUAGGGACAGGUGGUGGUGUAUAUUGGGGAGUGUAGAUGAGGAGGCUAGUGGAGAGGUGUGUAGAUAAGAGUAGUUUAUGUGUUUCUGUUAAUGUGUUGGUGGUUGUUCCUGUGCUUUCGUGUUUUUGGUUAGAGUGAAGUUGUGAGGAUGAGAAGCAAGUGAGUGUGUGGUGUCUGAAGAGCUGGACUGGGGAAAAAGUUGUGGGUUGCUACUACUACUACUACUACUACUACUACUACUACUUUUCUUUCCUUAUUUCUUUCUUUCUUUCUUCUUUUUCUUCUUCUCUAUCUCUUUUUUUUUUAAACAAUAACAUCUACCACUAUUAAUACUACUGUUGAUACUACUACCACCACUAUUACUACAACUAAAACAGCACCUAACACACACACACACACACACACACACACACACACACACACACACACACACACACACACUUAUAUAACCCUGUAUACACCCACAUCAGCUAUGCAUAUUCUUCCUUGUCAUUAUCUACGACCUUGAAGCUCCUACGAGUCACCUUGUGUUGUAUCUUCAUGUUCAAGGCCGUAUACAUAAAGUCAGGCUUACGUAUACUUUAUAAUACAUACCUAAAUCUCCAUGUAUUUUUCUCUAUGUAUACUGUAUUGUUUCGCUAAGGUAUUUGUGUUCUUCCUUGUUGUGUAUGUACGUGUGUCGUGUAUAUGUGUAUUUUAUCUUCAUGUUCAGGGUUGUAUACAUAACGUGAAGUUUAUGUAUUCAUUAUAAUACGUAACUAUCCAUGUAUUUUAUAUAUGUAUACUGUUUUGCUAAGGCAUUUGUAUUCUUCCUUGCUUUGCUGUCUAUGUAUGUCUUGUAUACGUGUGUUCAUAUUUUUUUUCACAGCUUGCAUAAUUAGAUUUAAUAAUAAUAUUCGAUAGUAUUUAUAAUAUGUAAGCGUACGGUAGUUACUGAGAAAUGCACGAACGAUGUGCAGGAAUUCGUUGAUUAAUUAAUAAAAUGGUGUUGUGUAA